AUGAUGUAUAGCGCCAAUCCUCAAGAAGAAUGGAGAGAAAGUAUGUGUGGUUGUUGUUCUGAUUGCCGAAUAUGUUGUUAUGGUUGUUGGUGCACUGAGUGUUUAUACGGGGAAAAUGCUGAAAAAAUAGAUGGCUCUGACUGUGCCGGUCAAUGUGCCAUCUAUUGGUUACUCAAUUAUUUGGGUUCAAUGGUCUUGUUUCCAUUUGGAUUUAUCGUACAUAUGAAAAAACGAAGACAAUUGAGGGAAACAUAUAAUUUGACUGAAAGUUGUGGAAAUGAUUGUCUGGCUACGUGCUGCUGUCCAUCUUGUUCAAUUUGUCAAGAAGCACGAGAACUUAAAAGCAGAGCUGCCGAUGCUUCGCGUUAUGUAACUAAUAGUCAACCGAUGAUGAUACAGCCAAUGCCGGUGAUGCAAGAAAAACCAUUUUCAUAUGGAAAUGAUAUAACAAGAAUUUAA